ACUCUGGCUCGCUUUCUGCGCCCCAGGCAGCUCCUUCCAGUCACAUUCCUCAGUGUGGGAGCUCCUCCGGCUCUGCCCCAGCCCCGCCGUCUGCCCUCUGCUUGCGCUCUGCGCUGCACGGAUCCGCAUCGCCGCCCUCCCACUCUGUCCCCGCGGCCCCCCACCCUCCAAUCAUGGCCCCGCAACCGCUGUACCACAAAGAGUUCGCCCGGGCUGGCCUCCAGGCGGGUCUGCAGGUGUGGCGCGUCGAGAAGAUGGAGCUGGUGCCGGUGCCCACCGAACAGUACGGCAGCUUCUACGUGGGGGACGCCUACCUGGUGCUCUGUACUCGCCAGGGUCACCGCAACGACUUCACCUACCGCCUGCACUUCUGGCUCGGGAAGGAGUGCACUCAAGAUGAGAGUGGAGCCGCUGCCAUCUUCACCAUGCAGAUGGAUGACUACCUCGGCGGAAAGCCCGUGCAGAGCCGAGAACUGCAAGGUUAUGAGACAACCGACUUUGUUGGCUAUUUCAAAGGAGGGCUGAGAUACAAGGCUGGAGGUGUGGCAUCUGGAUUCAAUCACAUCAUCACAAAUGAUCUGACUGCUCAGAGACUGCUGCAUAUUAAGGGUCGCCGGGUGGUCCGUGCCACAGAGGUCCCCUUCAGCUGGGCCAGCUUCAACAAGGGAGACUGCUUCAUUAUUGAUCUUGGACUGGAAAUUUACCAGUGGUGCGGCUCAGGCUGUAACAGGUAUGAGCGUCUGAAGGCCAACCAGGUCGCCAAGGACAUUCGGGACAACGAGAGGAGAGGACGAUCCCAACUGAUUAUUGUGGAAGACGGAAACGAGCCCCCUGAGAUCCUCCAGGUUUUAGGAGAGAAGACGGAGCUGAGGAUGGAAACUGAGGACGACGACAUCGUAGCUGACUUCACCAACAGGAGAGUGGCCAGGCUGUACAUGGUUUCUGAUGCCACCGGGGCCAUGAGCGUGUCGUUAGUCGCAGAAGAAAACCCGUUCUCCAAGAAAAUGCUGCUGUCAGAGGAAUGUUUUAUCCUGGACAACAAGGCUGGGAAGCAGAUUUUUGUGUGGAAAGGCAAAGAUGCUAAUCCUGAGGAGAGGAAGGCAGCCAUGAAGACAGCGGAGGAGUUCCUGCAGCAAAUGAAUUAUCCCUCCAGUACCCAAAUUCAAGUUCUCCCAGAGGGAGGUGAAACACCAAUCUUCAAGCAAUUCUUUAAUGAUUGGAGAGGGAAUGAUGAAAGUGAAGGCUUUGGAAAGGUGUAUGUCACUGAGAGAGUGGCCAAGGUCCAGCAGAUUCCAUUUGAUGCCCAAAAGUUACACGAGUCUCCCCAGAUGGCGGCCCAGCACAACAUGGUGGACGAUGGCUCUGGUUCUGUGGAGAUCUGGCGAGUGGAAAGUAAUGGCAGAGUCCCAGUGGACCCCAAAACUUAUGGAGAGUUCUAUGGGGGUGACUGCUACAUUAUACUGUACACCUACCCCAGAGGACAGAUCAUCUACACCUGGCAGGGAGCUCACGCUACCAGAGAUGAGCUGACCACCUCUGCUUUCUUGACUGUUCAGCUGGACCGCUCCUUGGGAGGGACACCCGUGCAGGUCCGAGUCUCCCAAGGUAAGGAGCCCACACACCUGCUGAGUCUGUUCAAAGACAAACCCCUCAUUAUUUACAAGGAUGGGACGUCUAAGAAAGGAGGACAGGCACCUCCCGCCCCCACACGCCUCUUUCAAAUCCGCCGAAACCUCGGCUCCAUCACCAGGAUUGUGGAGGUCGAUGUGGACUCAGAUUCAUUGAAUUCCAAUGAUGUUUUUGUCCUGAAACUGCCCCGGAAUAAUGGCUACACCUGGAUUGGGAAAGGAGCCAGUGAGGAGGAGGAGAAGGGAGCCGAGUACCUGAAGAGCGUCUUGAAGUGCCAGAGCACAAAGAUCCCAGAAGGCCAAGAGCCAGAGGAAUUCUGGGCUGCUCUGGGAGGGAAGAAAGCAUACCAGACUUCACCACUGCUGGAAACCCAGGCGGAAGACCACCCUCCUCGGCUCUUUGGCUGCUCCAACAAAACCGGCCGGUUUCUUAUUGAAGAGGUUCCAGGAGAAUUCACUCAGGAAGACUUAGCAGAGGACGACGUCAUGCUGCUGGAUGCUUGGGAACAGAUAUUCCUUUGGAUCGGCAAGGACGCGAAUGAAGUGGAGCGAUCUGAGUCCUUGAAGUCUGCCAAGGCCUACCUUGAGACGGAUCCUUCUGGGAGAGACCGGGGAACUCCCGUCGUCAUCGUCAAGCAGGGAUACGAGCCUCCCACGUUCACGGGCUGGUUCCUGGGAUGGGAUGCGAGCAAAUGGUAAAGACAGCGCGUUUGUGGGAGGAGAAGUCCUGGUCAGAGACAAGUUUGUAAGGCUCCCCACCUCGGGCACCGAAUGAGUCACUUGUAUUUGUGGUAUUCCAUUUAUAAGCCAGGACUUCUUCCACCGAUGGCGGGAAGGACGCCAUCCAGACUUUAAUAGGGACAUUGUUGGAUCAUUGGGUUAGAGCACAAAGGGACCGUGGAGUUUUUCGAAGGCGGAAGCUGAGGGCGGACGAGCUAUGGGAUCGUGGGGUCAUAAAGGGACUCUGGAGGCUGGGGAGUCCGAGCUUCUCCUGGUACAGGUGAGGAGAGGGAGGUCCAGGGGUUCAGUGGCAGAGCUGAGGUUCGAGCCGUGCCUUCUGAGACCUGGUCCAGGACCUUGCCACUGUACUCCACUGAUUCGGAGAAGGUUCUCUGCGUCUGAUGGACUUUAUCGGCUGGGAAAUCGUGGGUCUCAGGAAGCACUGGGACGUCUUGUCCGCAUGACAUUCUUCCCCUGUAGAAAUCACCUAGAAAAAUACUUCUCAUAGUAAAUGCUUCAACAGUGUUGAUUGAAUGGAACGAUGCUUGGAAGAAUACGGAAUGAGGAAGAUUGACUUCGUUAAGAUGGCUUAGGUAUUCUCCUUCUUUAUUGAAAAUAAAUUUCUAUGUAAUUAUGCCAAACAUUUUCCAACAAGAACAUCAUUUUCUAAUUAUUAGUAUAAUUUUCCUGGGCUUUUUUUUUAAACAAACUUCAGCUUUUUUAGCCUUUUUAAAAUCAUGACUAUUUAGUAAAAAACAAAAAAAAAGGAUUUUGCUUUUAUGAACUUGGAAAUAUAUUUAGUAACAUAAGAUAAAAUCUUUAAUAAGCCUUUGAAUAUUAAAAGAAACAAUUGCUAUGAGUGCCUUGUAAUAGUGACAAUCAGAUCCAAUUGUCCUCAGUUCAUUGUGCUAUUAAAUGUGU